AACAGUUCUAUGUUUACCUGAUAACAAAAUCUAUAACAAAUAACCUGUGGGCUGGAAGUCUUCCAAUGAAAACUGAUACACGUGCACAGUUGGAGGAAUGCUCUGGUAGCCUAAAGUGCCUCUGGGUGGAGCAAAAACUGCUCAGUGACAGGUGAUCCAUUAGACAACACCACAGACACAUUGCUGAUUUAACCUUGAGAGGACAGCAUGGCAGAGGCACAACUCCCAAUGCCCCUAGAACAGGAAGAGGCCGUGGGCGCGCUACUAGAGAUCCUACAGAAGGUCAGUAAGAAGAAGUUCAGUUUGAUAAAGAAGAAACUAAGAGACUGGAAGGUCCCGGCUGGGUACGAGCAGAUACCAGAGAGGAGCCUACAGUGCGCACGUAGGCCAGAACUUGCCAUUCUCAUUAUCCACCACUAUGGGGUGCAGUACGGGGUUGAACUGCUGCAGCAGGUGCUGGAGGAUGUUGGGGACCACGAAGGAAGCAGGGAGCUGAGGGAAUACCUGGAGCAGGAGGGAACUUCAUUUAGUAUCUGGUGGAGAUGGGAGUCACGUUUCCCUCACUUGUCUCCCAAUGACUUGGCCGAGGCAGGAUUCUACUAUGUGGGGCCUUGGGACCGGGUGCGGUGCUUCUCCUGUGGUAAGCGUUUGCACAAUUGGCAGCCUGGCGAUGUGCCCCUUACCCGACAUCUAAACUCCUUCCCUGGCUGCCUCUAUGCUUGGGGUAAGAUGGGAAUAGAUGUGGGAAAAGUGGGGCCAUGGCAGAAAUUAUUCCUAAAGGAUCAGCCCGUGUGCCCGGAGAUGACAGAGGAAUGGAACAGACUGGCCACCUACAGAUCAGGGCCCUGGUACCCAGGAGAGCAGCUAGCACAGAGCAAGAUAAUGAUAAAUCCUCAACCAGGUGGUGGUGUACAUUAUCAGGGUGGCCAUAUCCGACCUGAGGGAUCUCUUGCAGGUAGUGUUACAUAUACUCAAGGUGGCCGUAUCCAACCUCAGGGAUCUUUUUCAGGUGGUGAUAUAUAUACUCAAGGUGGCCAUAUCCGACCUGAGGGAUCUUUUUCAGGUGGUGGUGUACAUUAUCAGGGUGGCCAUAUCCGACCUGAGGGAUCUUUUUCAGGUGGUGGUGUACAUUAUCAGGGUGGCCAUAUCCGACCUGAGGGAUCUCUUGCAGGUAGUGUUAUAUAUACUCAAGGUGGCCGUAUCCAACCUCAGGGAUCUUUUUCAGGUGGUGAUAUAUAUACUCAAGGUGGCCAUAUCCGACCUGAGGGAUCUUUUUCAGGUGGUGGUGUACAUUAUCUGGGUGGCCGUAUCCAAUUUGAAGGACCUUUUUCAGCUUUUGAUUUUAUUCCUGCAAUUAAACCACCAAGACUUCGAACAGCCUGUGGGGAUUCAGCCUAUACGUGCUCUAAAGAAGGAGGAGCUUUUGCAGCAGUGGGAGGAGGAGCUUCUGGAGUGCAGGAAGUGGCUUCCAAUUAUAGGCUAUGGGAAACUGCAAUGGAAUGUGCGCUCUGUGGAAAGGUCCCCCCUAUAACACAUUUGUCUUCUGAGAUACAUGGACAUAUGUUCAGAGCACAUCUGCCAUGGAAAGGACUCUUCCGCUGCGCCGAAACAGGAAUACAGUUUCUUAUAAAUACUCCUGCCUUAAUCGACUUUGAACUUGUUUCCUGGGGAAAUUACUUGAAAUCCCUGCAGGAAAAGAGUUUAGAGAAUGUGGGCCCUCUGUUUAACAUCAGAGUUCUGUCUGGGCAGGUAUCAGCCGUGUAUCUACCUCACUACGUGUGUCUGAAAGAUCGAGAUGUUGAUGUUAAGAAGUUUAAAAUCGUUCAUUAUAAUGCUAAGGGCAUGACUCUGGAAUCACCAUCGAUAACGGAACCUUUUUAUGUCGCACUGGAGAAUCCCACCUUCUCCUUUAUUGGAGUUGUUUAUAAAGUAGCAAAUUUAUUUCGAGCUAAAAUCCCGGCUCACGGAGCUGUAUUUAUAUACGGCAGAUUCAUCAAAGGUUAUACCAUUCACCUCUACUUCAUGCCACAGGACCCCUUGGUAAAGCAGGCUGUGCACAAGAAGGAGACUGCAAAUGGAUUUUUUGUUGUGGACAAGCCUCCAAUGACAAGAACUGUGUACACUCGAAAAAAAUAUCUCAUAAAAGGACCAGCAAGUGCAAAAAUAGAUCCAGAGGAUCUCAAGCUGCGCUUUGAUACCAUACCAGAGAUGUACAAUUACAGUGAGAUCUACCUGACCAGUGUAGAUAAAGACAUUAUCUUAAGAGUGACAAGUGAAAGGGAUGAGAAAAUGGUGUGGAAUGCUACUCUGAGGAAAGAGGAGCUUAUCCCAGGAGAACAGAAGUCAGCAGGUGGGAAGCACUUUAUGGAUAAGCACAGAACAGAGCUGAUUGCCAGGGUGUCUCACAUUGAUCCAAUUCUGGAUGAUCUCCUGGAUGAUGAGAUCCUGACCCAGGAACAGUACGACUCAGUGAGAAGCAACAGAACCUCCCAGGAAAAGAUGAGGCAACUCUAUGACUGUGUCAGGGCCUGGGGAGACGGUGAGAAGGAGGAACUCUUCAAGGCCAUGAAAAAACAUAAUCAGCCUCUAAUCUCAGAUCUAAAACACAAAUCUAUAUCAUAGGCAGAUAUUCCCAUUCAGGCUUUAAUUGGUAUUUUAACAUUCUUCUUCCACAGAUUCUGGCAUCUUGGUGCCUAUUUAUUGGAAGAUUCUGAAAUAGAGAUUUCAUAUGAAAAUGUGCUCUUUGUUUUUAUAUAUAUAUUUCUUAAUUAAAUGUUUCAAAACUGCUGUGAAUGUGGUUCUGCUGCUGCUUAGCAUUGUUGCACCUCCAAGUCCCUGCUGUGAUGGAAGCAGGAGAUACCGUUAGUCUUAUUAGGCAGAGAAUCUGUAACACUAGUGACUUGUUAUAGUGAAUUAAUCAUGUUUUACAGAACAAUCCCACAUUUCACAAAUAAAUAAGGUGCAUGGAUGGUUAAUUGUGUAACUCCCAACCCAAAGAUGGCCAAACCAAUCUUUGUGCGAUGCGUCAAUUUAUAAGCAUUUACACCUAUUCAUGCUCAUUAAUUAUUUUGGCAAAGAACAACAGGGAAAGGAUUCAUAUUCAGUUCUGGAUGAGCUUGAUAAAGAGCCAGGCGGCUCGAAAACGUUGCUCUGCUGUU